ACGUUUGCAGAAUUUUGGCUUCGCGAGGCGUAAAUAUCAAUUAAAAGACACAAUCUCGCGAUAUGUGCGACGUUGCGGUGGUAAAGAAGAUAGCUAACUGCCUGGGAGUGGCACCUGGCAAGGUUCAACUAAACGACGAACAGGUCGUGACACGCACUAUUGGCCAAAACAAAACGGUCCAAGGAUUUGCUACAAUACUUGAAAGUUUAGCGCGUGAGUCAAAAUCGGAGGCAGCGCAGAACAGUACCAGUACCAAAGAAGUAAAGGCGCAAGUUUAUCAGUGGCUGGAAUUUGCUGUUCUGUAUGUGGCACCCGGCUCUAAAGACAAAUACGUGUCCAAACAACUUCUGGCUGACUUUAACAAGCUUUUUAUUAGCAAAUCGUAUUUAGUCGGCAACUUUAUAACACUGGCGGAUCUGGCUGUCUAUUAUGCAAUUUACGAUCUUAUGAAAUCGCUUUCACCUGUAGACAAGGAAAACUAUUUAAAUUUGUCACGAUGGUUUGAUCAUCUUCAACAGAGACCCGAGGUGCACCAAGGCGAACCCUUGCUAAAUUUCACGACCAUCUAUCUUCACGGCUGGGCAACGGGCACGCACAUCUAAGCCGCGAGUUGAUUAAGAAUUCUGUGUAGCUCAUACUAAAAAAAAUAAAAUUAUUUAUUUCUGUUGCAUUUUACAAGUAAAUGUGUCAAUGUGCCAAUGAGCGUUGAAA